AUUAACAAUAUGACUAACACAGAAAGUUAAUUAACCUAAAGUAAUUAAGUUUCCAUGGAUAGAAAAACACACAUUGCAGUAGUUACAGUUCCCAUUGUAAGCCAUCAAAUAUCAAUCUCAGAGUUCUGCAAGAAACUCCUUAAUCUCAAUCCUAACAUUCACAUCACCUUAAUCAUUCCAGUAUUAGAUUCACUCUCCAAUGCUUCCAAAUCCAUCAUUGCUUCUCUUUCAUCUCUCAAAAUAAAUACCAUUGUUCUUCCUUCAAUAAACUUGCCCCCACAAACUGCCCCUACUCUCAAACUCCCUCUUGCAAUGUCUCUAACUAUGCCAUCUAUCAUUGAAACAUUGAACUCAAUAACAUCAAAAGUAGUUGCUAUAGUUGCUGAUUAUUUUGCCUAUGAAGUUUUCCCAUUAGCAAAAAAACACAACAUUUUAUCAUACACAUUUUUUCCUUCAUCAGCCACAGUUCUAUCACUUUGUUUCAAUUCAACAUUUCUAAAUGAAACAAUUACUUGUGAGUUCAGAGAUUUAAAACAACCAAUCCAAAUCCCAGGUUGUGCUGUUCCUAUUCAAGGGACUGAUCUUCCAUCUUCAUUUCAAGACAGGACUAGUGAAUCUUACAAACAUUUUCUUCGGCGUUCCGAAGGGAUAAACCUUUGUGAUGGAAUAUUGGUAAAUAGUUUUGUUGAAUUUGAAUCAAAAGCAGUGAAAACCAUGAUGGAAAAAAGCAUCAAUGGUGAUAAACCUCAUGUUUACAUGGUUGGACCUAUUGUGCAAAAAAAUUGUGACAAUACUCAAAAUGGGAAAGAAUGUUUAUCAUGGUUAGAUGAACAAUCACAAAGUUCUGUUGUGUUUGUUUCAUUUGGUAGUGGAGGAACAAUUUCUCAAAAACAAAUGAAUGAGUUAGCAUAUGGAUUAGAAUUGAGUAGCCAAAAGUUUCUUUGGGUUUUGAGAGAACCAAAAGAUAUAGCUAGUGCUAAUUAUUUUGGUGUUUCUUCUAUACAAGAAGAUCCUUUAAGUUUUUUACCAAAAGGGUUCUUAGAAAGAACAAAAAAGCAAGGGUUUUUGGUUUCAAAUUGGGCACCACAAGUUAAUAUUCUUAGUCACAAAGCUAUUGGUGGAUUUCUAACACAUUGUGGUUGGUUUUCUACACUAGAGUGUGUUGUGAAUGGUUUGCCAAUAAUAGCUUGGCCACUUUUUGCUGAGCAAAGAAUGAUUGCAACAAUUCUAGCUGAUGAACUUAAAGUUGCUAUUAGGCCAAAGGUUGAUCAUGAGAGUGGCAUUGUGGAAAAAGGUGAAAUUUCCAAUGUGUUGAAGAGGUUAAUGGUAGAGGAUGAAGGAAUAAAGAUUUGUGAGAGGAUGAAAUUUUUGCAAUAUGCUGCUGCUGGUGCAAUAGAAGUAGAUGGAUCUUCCACUACAACCUUGUCUCAAUUGGUCACAAAAUGGACCAAUUUAGAAGGCUGCAAUGAAAGUUAGUUUUAUAACUUCUCUACAUUUAUGCAUAUCUCUGUUUUUCUUAGCUUGUUUCAGCUUUUUUGUAUGAAUAAACAAAUAAAUUCUACUUUCUCAUGGUUCAUUUUAUUAUGCAUUUUUAUCAUCA